AUGUCUGCGCCAGCUUCAUUACCCGUGAAAAUCACACCUUCAAAUAUACGACCCAUAGCAUAUCGGGUAUUGUCAAAAAAGCAUGGCCUUAACAUCCAGACCGAUGCACUAAUGGUCCUUACCGAUGCCAUAGCAUCGAAGUUUGGAGCAGAAUGGAAAGGUACAAAAUCCCAACAGUUUUUGGAGGAAAUCGCCAAAUUAUGGAAGCAACAGGACCGUGGAAUCUUCAUUGAUGGACCAGCUUUGAGCCAGGUUGUCAAAGAGCUCAGUAAGGACAAGGACAUUGCCCGAGCUGGGGAUAGCUUCAUCGAGCCUGUGAAAGCAUCCAAGUUUGACACCAUUUCCGAUGCAAAUGCACCAAUAGUGAACGAGGUGACAGAUCUCGAAUGGCGGGACUAUGUCAAGUUUGUCACACCUGAUGUGCAGCCCAAGUUUGUCUUUGAUAGAGUUAGGAAGCAAUUUUCACCACAGCCGAUGGCCAAGACCAAACUCUCCAACACGCUUCGGCUGUCCAUAGAAUAUUAUAAUCAGCGAUACUAUUUGGGGAUGGAUAGGUUGUCUCGAGACGAAAACUUCCAAAAAUUGACAUUUUCCAGCAUUGCAGGACUCAGCACCACACAAUCCGGAACCACGUCUGAAAUCACACUAAUCAAGAACGUGUUGGGACGAGACGGUCAGAAGUUUACUUUGUUUGGACUUCUUUCCAAAAACGCUAACGGGAACUACAUUUUAGAAGACAGUUCUGACUACAUUGAGCUCAACAUUAAACAAGCCAGAAAAACCCCCGGAUCAUUCUAUUCAACAGGAAUGCUCUUGAUCUUAGAGGGUAUAUAUUCAGCUUCCGGAGGCUCCAUGAGUAACGACGCUAAUGUCAUCAGCGGCUGCUUCCAUGUGUCAUAUCUUCAGCACCCACAGGCAGAAAGAAGAGAUGCCAGUUUGGAUGCAUACGGUCACCUAGAUUUUUUGGGCGUUCAUAGUGACUCAAGUGCUCUGGCCCGGAGCAGUUCGGUGGUGAAAAUAGAUAGGCCAUUGCGUAAAAGGCUCACAGCCUUGGAAAAAUCAUUGGUUAACCAUAAGUUCAUAGUUCUUGGUUGCAACAUUUUUUUUGAUGAUUUCAAGGUCAUGGCAGGCUUGAGAAAGUUUUUUGCCCGAAUGGAGGAGACUCUCGAAGACCAACAAGACCAAGGUGAGCUAGGACAUACGGCCAUAGUCAUGUCAGGUUCAUUUGUUUCCAUACCACUUACGCUGACAAACGGUUCGCUUUCACUGAUUCUGAGCUCCGAGAAUUACAAGAGCUAUUUUGAUAAUUUUGCAGAGAUGUUAUCUGGGUUCCCACUUGUGGUUAACAAAUGCAAGUUUGUGCUAAUUCCGGGCCCCAAUGACCCGUGGCAGUCGACUUUUUCGCUUGGUAGAUCCAGCCUUGAUGCAUUACCCCAGAAUUCUAUCCCUCGUGUUUUUACUACAAGACUUGAGAGGCUUCUUCCGAAAGGAAACUUGAUCCAUGGGUGGAACCCCAUGCGCGUCAACUACAUUUCACAAGAACUUGUUCUUUUUAGAGACGAUAUAAUGAACAAAUUCAAGAGAAAUGAUAUUGUGUUCCAAUCAGACUUGGAUUUGGAGAAUGAAGCUGUAAAGUUGGAAAAUUCAGGCAAAGAUACUCAGGUCGAAAAUAUCAUUAGUGACGAACUUCACUUGCCUAGCAAAAUUAAAAUGGCAAGACAAUUGGUGAAAACCUUGUUGGACCAAGGUGAUCUCCAACCCAUGCUCAAGGAUCUUCGUGUGAUCAACACGAACUACCAACAUCUGAUAAGAAUCGAGCCUCUUCCCACUACUAUUAUGUUGUUUGAUUCCAGCUUCGAAUGUUUCGAGGUGACUUACAACGGGUGCAAAGUUGCUAACAUCGGAAGCCUCAUCAGUAAUAAGAAUUCAAAGAAACUCAAUUACGCUGAGUAUUCUCCUGCCUCCAAGAAGUAUCAUUUCAGAGAGUUGUUCUUCUAG